CCUUUUCCAUUCAGCCAGGGGAACACAGUCUUCCUCGGACCGUUGAAGCCGCUGCAGGUGUGGCGAACUUUUAGCUUUCGUUGGGGGAUUGUGGAACUGUUUCUGUGUUUGUGGGUGUGUGUUCUGUGACUGGUGAAACAUUUUUUUUUCAAAAAUUGAAACUCGAACCUGACGAUUCUCACGGCUGCUAGGAAGGGGAGGGCAAGGGAAAGUGGUUUUUAUACGGUGCAGUGGAUUGUAGUUCCGAUAUAUCUAGGUUAGAAGUGAUACCUUUGAGUGGAAAAUCGAUGCAAGGUGCACCGAUUCUUUGGCAUUGUGAAGGAAUUUUACUGCUCGCAUGGAACUGCAAAUGAGCUUCCCGCAGGAGGAAAAAACAUUCCUAAAUUUGCAUGAGGCUUGAAACACCGAGAUCGGUAUUUCAUGGGCUACUGCUGCUGUUGCUGGGUCCGGUAGAUGGGAACAUCAAACAAUCCAUCGGAUCAUCCGGUGCUAUGGAGUCAGCAGUUCAAGCGGAUACAAGAAAGACGCAUUGCUGACGCAAGUUUGCGCGAUUGGCAACAUCGGAAGCACAUCGAACGGCAAGCACGUGCCAAAGAGCAAGCCCAUUUACCCCUCUUUCAGUAUCGAGAAGUAAUGGAGCGUUACUCACCCUGGGGUCGCAAAGGAGGUGGUGCCCCGAACGACACCGUUCGUAUUCGGAACAUCCAGGCGCAGGGACUGUACCCGGAGGCGAAAAAUCUUCCCACCAUACCCAUUUUGCACGCUACCCGGCCACAGGAUGUACGCCAUCCGGUUCCGAUGCCUCGACCGAAGGGAGUGAGUGCGGGCGGGGGCGGUGCACCGUUGCGGAAUUCUUCCGGUCAAAUCGUCACCGGACUAAAGGACGAUCCCAUCAUCAGUUUCAACGAUGCCAAUCGGUACCACGUGGACAACGGUCUGCGGUACAAGACCACACCGGCACAGAAGCAAACCUACCGGGCGGAACUGGACCGGAUUGUGGCGGAAAAGGAAAACCGACGAAAAACCAGAAGCUCCGAUGUAGACGGGAAGAUGAACGGAGGACCGUGGGGUAAACCGGGCCCAGGUGGAAAACCCUGGAGACCACCGAAAAAUGUUGGACAUAACUUUAUGAAAUCGAUGGGUUGGACCAACAAGGAAACACUGCAGGAUCUGGACAUUGAUCUUGUCACCAAAAUGCAACGACAACUGGAGGAGGAAAAUAAGUACCUGAAAAAGUUUUCCAACUGUUGCGAUCGAUGCGUUUGUCAAUGCGUCAGUAACUCGCUGAAUCCGAUGGCAAAUGGUAGUGUCGGAAGUGCCCAGACGUCACGUCCCACCGUCAGUAAUCCGUCGAGAGGAAUGCUGGCACCACCGGCGACGGCACCGAGUCAACCGAUGCGGUACGAACCGAAUCCCAGCACCGAUAAGAUCACGGACCGUCGCGUACCUCGGCUAUGUCAACAAGGCCAACAGAACACUCCGGGGCGGGCUCCGGUUGCUAAGAAGGGCGGAGCUAAGAUCACACCAACCCGUAACUGCAUGAUAACGGGUGGCGUCGAGUUAGUUCCCCUGCUGGCCAAACGACGCUCGCAGCCGAGACCGAUUAGCCUGGGAACGACUGACAUAACCAAGAUCGAUAAGUAUAGCUCCAAUGGCACCUCAGUCGUACUUCACUCCGGCGACAGGUACCUCCACGAGUUGAACCGCCAGAUGAGUCAGAAACAACGAAAGAUUGAAUCGUUCCGCGUUCUGGAGUUCGAAACCAGCAAGCAACACUUUGAGACGUGGUCCUCGUUCUGGGGCCGACCGGGACACGGUGCACCAUUACCAAACAAAAACAAACUUAAUCUGGACAAUCUGCUUUACGCUCCUGCACGGUAAAGCGGUAUCUGUGCCAUCAAUGCUUCACUUCACUGCUCCGCCAAAACAAAAAAAAGUUCGUUCAACCAUAUUGACUUUGUCCACUUGCUGAGAAACAAGUGCUACCGAAGUUAAUUUCCAAAUUUCAAAUUGAACCGAAAUUCAAUUCCACUAGCAAAGCUAGCUGCUAUUCGCUAAGCUGCGAAAAGACAAGGAUCUGUAGAUUUACUUGCAACACCUACUAAUCUCUGUACUUAAUUAUGAAUGAAAUAAUCUACGCUGUCGCCACCUUGAGAAAACAAAUGUAUACUAGUAUGUACCUUUAAAUGCUUUAUAGCCUAUCCAAAACAGUUCUAAUCAUUACUAGCCAUGUUUAGAGAGAAGGAGAUACAGUUAUUACGUUGUUGUUUCAAUUUGUUAUGCGUAGGAAUAAAUAUAUAAGAUUAGCGGCAAUGUUCACAUAAACUUACUCAUAAAGUACGUAGACUUCAUUAGUUCAAAGUAGUUUAAAUUGAACCGUUAGUAGACACAAAAUUUAAUCAGAAAUGGGUGCGAGUGGUUUUCUCUAUUUGUUUCGGGAGAUAAAAAAAGUGUGAAGAAAAAAAGUUACCAGUUAUUGAACACAGAGUUUUUUGAUGUUGAACACAUCUUUAUUUUCUAUAUAGGGGUGCAAAUCAGAAACUUAAGGAAAAAUACACGUAGAAAUGUGGUCAGGUUUUAAACACUUACAGCUCAGUAUAUUUUGUAUCAAUUAUUUAAAUUAUUACAUCAUUUGAUUGGAAAUAUUUGUACGAUUCGAUUUUAAUCUAUCAAGCCACGUAUUUUCAAUUAUGUAUGAUUGAAAUUUUGAUUAGUAGCGAGCAGUGUCCGAUUUUGUCUUCUAAAAAUCUCCGAGCCAUAGACGACGGUUUCGAAGGAGUAAGCGAUAUAUCAAAGGGAAAGCAUCGCUCUGAUUGGUCAAUCGAAUCAAAAGCGAAGCUGUUGGAAGCACGCGAAUCUAUAAAUAGAAGCAAAAUUAUAGCUAACGUUUCAGUCCUACGCGUAGCAUGUUAGAGAUAGGUUGUUGCUAGACAGCAAGACAAAAAGUGCCAUAAAACGAUUUGAAGCUUUAAUUGGUAUGCUCUGAUCGUGUGUCAUGCAAGCUCGGAUGAAAUUCCAUGUUAUGUCGUUUCGCCUGAGAAAUUGACAACUACCCAGGGUAAAUUUUGAGUGCUAAAGGUUAAUUUCUAAUUUAUAUAAGAUGAACUCAAUUGAUAAUGAGAAAAAGUUUAUCGCUUCAACCGAAAUCGCAGAAUGGUAGAGAAACUUAACGCUAUAAAAAUAACUGCUUGCAUACAAAACUUGAACACAAGAUUGGCGAAGAGAAGCUUAAAUAUUGAAAUCGUAUCGCAAGUAUGUACAAAGAUAUAAUUGCAUACAUUUGGGAUGUUGGUGUAAUUUCGCCGGCAAUAAAACAAACAAUGUUCUGUGUUGGUUCCUAAUAAUGAUCAAUCUAAGCAGACUCUCGUACAAUUGCGGAUUCAAAAGUGUGACGAUUGAUUGAACUGUUUGAUUGUAGAUCAUUAGAAAAAUUUGGUUGCUUUGUUCCACAUCUAUGGCUCGAACAACCCCGUGGGGCUGAUCCUUGAAGUUUUUUUUUCAUUUAUAUCAGUCUGAAAAUACUUGAAUACUUGUAAAUUAAAACUACAUACCCGAAAAAAAAACACAUAGUAACUCCGAGCCAUGUUUUGUUCCUAUUGGGACUGCUGCAUGGGUGCCUUACUAAACUUCGUGAAAAAAUUACAAACACAAUCAAAAAUGGCUUAGGUGAGCACCGGUGCAUUCUACAUCGUGAGUUUAGUGUACACCCGUUUAGUUUAGAGAUCGGCAAUCAGUUUGCGAACGGAUCAAAAGAAUUAGUUCUUCUAGAAGAAUGAGUGAACAAAAGUUAUUAUGGAAUGAUAGUUCUCUAUUCUGUUCAAAGGAAAUGGAAGUAAUCGAAUUCUUUGAGAGAGUGUACACAGCAACUGAUUUCAAGAAUAUUGUAAAAGUUUGAUACAUUCGCGAUCAUCAACAAAGUAUACAAAAGAGAAUAAUUUUUGGUACAAAUACAUACCAAAAAGUAAUCACUAUCAGAGCUAAUAAAAGUCAUUUUCAUUGACUGAAAAAUAGACUGAAAAAUGACAAGAAAUUACUGUCACUCUCAGCUUCGCUUGCAAACUAUGAGAACGAAAUCCAUGUCCAGUCAAUGACAUAAGAGGUACAGCAGUUUCAAAAUUGUGUUUAUUUCUUUCAUUUGCUCUUUCAGUCAUUUGAAGUUUUCAGUGAAAAUCGCAUAGUAUGCUGUGUCGAUAUUCAACCGAAGCUGUGAGAAUUGAAAAUGACAGAAAAAAGUUUCACGAUAAUUUUUACCUCUUGGUGCUCGAAUUUGUAGUAGUUUUGGUUUCCAAAGAGGUUCUGGGAUGUAAUUACUUCGAUUUGCCAUAUUUUAGUCACUUUUUAUAGCCAAGCGUCACAGAUUUUCAAUACAUCGAUGAAAGAAUGAGAAUUGAAAUUCUGCUGUUGCUACCUGAAGACGUUAGUUUGGUUUCGUCUUGUCACAGAGGUAAGAGUGACGUUGGUAAUUAUGCUCUCUCAUUUUCUCUAUGAGAAACGAAAAUGCUUCGUGUCUCUUCGUUUGUUCUGGUGUCGGUCAUUUACGAAUGAGACAGUAAAACAUUGAAAAUGAGACUGUUGGAAUGGUUUCUUUCAUUGAGGAUGCGCGACAAUUUUAAGCUCUGCUCACUAUUAUUAAAUUUAUUCAUUACAAAAUAUAAUUUAUGGCUCUCAUAUUUUUUUCGGGAGAAACAUAAAAAAAUUCAGAAGAACGAAAGAAUGGUUCAACAGAACUUGUUCUCUUGGUAGCACUAUUAAGUUCUAUGCGGUUCUUUAAAACGAACGACUCCAUCUCUAGUUUAGAUACACACUAGGACAGGACCGGACAAGGCAUGAAUAUUGGGCUGGUUUUGUUCUAGCUUCAUGUCAGAAUGUUCCAAUUCCUGAUUGGCUGAUUUUGAUAACUUUGUCCAGGCAAUAACCAAAAAUUCAAAUUCCUGAUUGGCUUAUUGGCAGUGUUGCUCAAAUCAAAAAUGGACUGAACUUAUUUGUACUCCCAAUAAUUGUAUUUGAUUUCUUGCAAUUUUAUAAUGAAUACUAUUAAAGUAUAUUUAAAGUAUCCCCCUAUAGAACGAUUUUAAUCUAAACUCUUGUUGCUUAUGCUUGAUUUUAGGAACCAAAAUUUCACGCGUUUUUAUGUGAUGUGAUCAACAAUAAGCCACCUAUCAACAUUCACUUUGAAGAGGAAUUCCGAAAGACUCGGUACAUAAAGUAUACAUUCUCAAUUCGUCAUAAGAUGCUUGCGUUCCAAGGAAUUUUAUUGGUAGUACAAAUUAAUUCGGUCCGUUGUUCAAUUUUUAAGGUAAAAAUUGCAUUUAUUUCAAAAUAAAAAAAAAUGAACAAUAACCAAAGUACCGUCCAUCGCUAGUUACUAAUUUUUCCCACUUCUCAUGCAAUUUUCGAAAUUCCAUCUCUCGUCUUCCAUCCAAGUUUGAAGCCAAUUUUCGAUUCCUGCGAAAGAAGUAAACCGACGACCUACCAGAUCGGGCAGCAUCAGUCGGAACAACCAGUAAUCGGAAGGAGCAAUGUCAGGAGCACUCGGUGGGUACGACAAAAUGUCCCACUUGAGCGUUUAAAAAUAUUUUUCACGACUUGCGACCUGAGGCCGAACGUUGUCAUGCAGGAGAAUAACUUUAUCAUGUCUUUGCUUGAAUUCCGGCCAGGCCCGCCGAGAGAAAAAACGGGCCCGUUGCAACAAUGGAUCUCGAACGUUAAGUAAGGAAAAAAACAAAGAGUUUCUUCAACGCAGAAAUCUCAUUUUUUUAAACGUCGAAACCAGUUCCUACAUGAUCUAUCAGUUGGAGCAUUAUCAUAAUAAACAUACACAAGCAUUCGAUGCACUUCAGUUGCACUUUUCUUCCCAAAUUGCUCAUAAUUAACACAGAGAAAACAAGGCAUAUAAACUGAAUAUGAAUGACAAAAGUCUAACCUCUUGAAACUUCCGACAUCAGCUGUUACUGUUCAAUAUUGAUAACAACCAGAGCCAUCUUUUGAAAACGAACUGAACUAAUUUGUACUCCCAAUAAUUGUAGUUAAUUUUCUGCAAUUCUGUUGUAAAUACUAUUACUAUUUAUUUAAAAUAUCCUCUUAUAAAAUGAAUUUACAUUUACAUUCCAAUUGUUUACACGUAAUUUUAGAAACCAAGAUUUCUCGCGUCAACAUUCACUUUGAAGAGGAAUUCCGAAAGACUCGGUACUCGCUGAGAGUAAUUCAUUACAGUAAACGAUAGCGAAAAGUUAUCUCAUUCGUUUGGUGUGGAAAUUAAUACUCUAUUUUUCAUAACCCCCCUGCAAUUUCUUUCAAAAGUUGCUGUUGAAAGGCGGCUUAUUAGCCGUUAAUCACCAAAAACUUUAUAAUUAGGUGGAUUGAAACAGUCUGAAAAAAAAACACCGUUGUAUUUUUGUUCGAUUUUAUCUCAUGUGACGUUGAUUAGAGCAAAAGAUUAAGCUAACGAUUUUCAAUACAAAGAAUUGCUUAUUUAUCAUGGAGUGCCUGGGCGGAGUUAUCAACAAUAAUUAUUCGGCUAUCUAUCUUAGAACGGAAUUCAUUAGUAUAUAACAAUUGUUGUGCUAAAGUUUCUUGACUUAAAUAAAUGCCUACAUCAAUAAAUCUGACAUCACUGUAACCGACACGUAACCAGCGAUGCUAGGUCUGCAGAUUUGUUCGAAUUUACUAGGAACUGAAACAAGCAUACCCCUAGUAAGCCUCAGUAGCUUCAGUUCUAUGUAUUCGUCCAUUAAAUUUUGUCGAGUAGUAGUCGCCAUUUAUAACUUCCAGAUUCAUUUUCAUUUUAUAGCUGUCAUAAUUUUUGCAUCUGGGAACACUCCGGAACAGGCUCUGAACAUUAACUGCUUUGUUGAACUAGUGAUUCAAUUUGAACUACUUUGAAGUAAUGAGUCCAAUAGCAAUGCUAAUGAAGUUUUCUGCGCUCUAGGAAAAAUCUCGCUGAGACUAGAAAGGAUAUGAAUCCAAAUGGAGUUAUUAUAUCGUUUGUAUCUGUAUAUUCAAGUUGAAGUUUGAAAAGAAGCAGAAAUUUCUAAAAUAUUAAAAACUUACUCGACUCAUAUGAACAUUGGAACGAGCGUAUCAAAAAUUAACAUAAUAAUCGUAGUCAAUAAUAACUAAAAUAUAAUUAUGUUAAGUAUCGGAUAGUUUAUAACGUAUUCUAAGAUGAAAUAAAAAAUGGGAACACAUAGCAUUAAA